AUGUGGUACGUAGCGCCCCCCAGGAGCACCAUGUGGUACGUAGCGCCCCCCUGGAGCACCAUGCGGUGCGUAGUGCCCCCCUGGAGCACCAUGUGGUACGUAGUGCCCCCCUGGAGAACCAUGUGGUACGUAGUGCCCCCUGGAGCACCACCUGUGCAGGUGACCCCGGGACACGCGGCGGUGAGCGCAGGAGGCCGCGUGGCGCUGACGUGUCGCGUGGACGGUCAUCCCGUCACGGCCGUCGCCUGGUAUAAGGACGCCGUCAGGCUCAGGUACGGUCAUCCCGUCACGGCCGUCGCCUGGUAUAAGGACGCCGUCAGGCUCAGGUCGAGUCCCCGCGUGCGUCUGCUGACGAAGGAGGAGCUCGUCAUUUCGCCCGUCCACGACGACGACGCAGGGCUUUACCAGUGCCGUGCCACGUCCCUCCAGCACGUCACGGCGCAGGCCACGGCCUUCGUCACGCUCGCAGCGUCUGCACCGCGCCUCGUGUCGAGUCCCCGCGUGCGUCUACUGACGAAGGAGGAGCUCGUCAUCUCGCCCGUCCACGACGACGAUGCAGGGCUUUACCAGUGCCGUGCCACGUCCCUCCAGCACGUCACGGCGCAGGCCACGGCCUUCGUCACGCUCGCAGACUCUAGGCAUCCUGUUGAGAACAGAAAUCUUGCGACUCUUAAAGGACCAGCAAAAUUGCAGAAGCCUAAGAACGCCUUAUAUGUUUCAAAGGAACGUCCGUCGAGUCCCCGCGUGCGUCUCCUGACGAAGGAGGAGCUCGUCAUCUCGCCCGUCCACGACGACGAUGCAGGGCUUUACCAGUGCCGUGCCACGUCCCUCCAGCACGUCACGACGCAGGCCACGGCCUUCGUCACGCUCGCAGGUGACCCCUGCUGUGCUGUGCAGGUNCAGCGUGUAGGGCAGGACGGGACGCUGGAGGUGAGCGACGUCAGGAGGGAUCAGGACCAGGGCUCCUACUCCUGCACCGCCUACGACAGGCAGGGCCAGUCAGACUCGCAGGAAACUUUCCUUCAAGUUGUGGUGCCUCCCGAAGUGUUGCCCUUCGACUUUAGCGGUGUUCACGGUGAGGGUGAACGCGUAGGCGCGUCCUGCAUCCUAAGCAAGGGCGACCCACCUAUCAAGAUAAGAUGGACUAAAGACCGAGUCCCUCUCGAGAACCUGAAUCUCCCCAACAUCAUUCUUAUCGAAAGCAUCGAGUUCUCUAGCAUGCUUAUGAUCACCAGCCUUACUGCCGAACACUCAGGGCGCUACGCGUGCUCGGCCAGCAAUGGUGUCACUGAGGCCCGACACGAGGCUGAUCUCUUCGUCCAUGUUCCUCCGUCGUGGGUGUCGCCCCCCGAGGACGUGUCUGCAGCCCUUGGAGGUCUCGCUGUCGUGUCGUGCGCAGCCCAAGGCUCUCCCGACCCCAGUCUGUCGUGGAGCAGAGAAACCGCUUCAGGGGAAUGGGCACCAGUGGACCUAAUCAAAAGUUCAUCUGUCGAAGAAUUCGUCACGCAAUUUGAAGCACGCGUUUCUCACCACAACCGCCUCCAGACUUUAGGAGGUUUGCACCUCGAAGAAGAUGAACCUGAUUUGGACGAUAAAUCUUCGUAUUCUGAAGACCUGGGUCCAAUGGAGGGAGAAUCUCUACACACGAACGGGCUCGGGAGUUCUGCGUUAGGCACUGUAGCGGAUCUGAACGGUACGCUUGUGUUCGCCCACGUGAUGGAAUCUCACGAAGGCCGGUACCUCUGCAAAGCCAACAACGGCGUCGGUCCGGGACUUUCGAGAGCCAUCAGCCUGACUGUGCAUGAGCCUCCAUGGUUCCCCGACUGGAGUCGUCGCCUGGUGCGGGUGGAGGUCGGACUCACAGGUACUUACCUCCUAGCAGGUACCAACUCUCCUGGACCAAGGGUGGGGCCCCGCUGGACCAAGGGUGGGGCCCCGCUGGUCCCCGCUCAUAGGUACUCACCUCCUAGCAGGUACCAACUCUCAUGGACCAAGUGUGGGGCCCCGCUGGUCCCCGCUCACAGGGGCUCACCUCCUAACAGGUACCAACUCUCCUGGACCAAGGGUGGGGCCCCGCUGGUCCCCACUCACAGGUACCACUUGGCGCUCUCGGAAGAGGAAGUGGAGCCGCGGGUGUUGACUCUGCAGAUAAAAGAUGUGGUCACGUCAGACUCUGGAACCUUGGAAUGCCUCGCCGUCAACCCUCACGGUGCCAAAACCAAGAGGUUCACCCUCCUUGUGGAAGACGUCCCUGGGCCCCCGACUGAAGUAUUGAUCACGGAAGGAGGGUCUCGGCACGUCAUCUUAUCGUGGACGCCCCCAGAGAGUGACGCUGGGGUCCCUACUUCGCUCACUGGAUACGUCAUCCAGGCUCACGAAGAGACGGAUGCUUCAGUUUCCGAUAGUCAGCAGACAGGAAGCAAGAUAGAGGUGUUGGUUUCUGGGUCGAGCCUCAGCCACCGCGUGUCUGGUCUGCUGCCGUACACGUGGUACAGCUUCUCUGUCGCCGCCCAGAACGGCGUAGGGCGAGGUACGAGUUCUGGACCCUUACGACACCGCACCCAGGAGGAGAAGCCGUCUGCACCGCCCAGUAAUGUGCAGGUGGUGAGUUCGAGCUCUCGGUCGUUACGUGUGACGUGGAUGCCUCCGCCUCGCAACGCAUCGCACGGACGCCUCCUGGGGUACUACCUCGGCAUUCGCCUCCGCCUCCCCAGCACGAUGGACGACGCAAGUGACGAAGACAGCGCUUACAACUUCACGACGGUGGGCGAUACGCACACCAUCGUCACUGACCUACAUCCUCACUCCUUCUACGAUGUCAUCGUCAGGGCCUUCAACUCCCGAGGGGCUGGACCCUCGUCAGACCCUGUCCUGGGGCAGACCCUGCAGGACACUCCCAGCAGCCCUCCAGCCUCCGUCUCUUGUUCCCCGUCGUCCGCUCACUCCCUCACUGUCAGCUGGCGUCCCCCUGAGGAGCGCGGGAGGAAUGGCGUUAUCGUGGCCUAUCAUCUUGCCUACUCCCCAUCAUCCUCGAAUUACGGUACAGUCGGUGAAUCAUCGACCCAUGAGAUGGAUGAUGGCAUCCAGCGGGUGAUCUCGACGAGCCGCGGUGGACGACUGUUGAUCGUCAAUGACAGUCACGGGACGGAACUGUCGGGGCUGGAGGCCUGGACCAACUACUCCAUCACAGUCGCGGCCGCCACGUCCAUCGGGGUGGGAGUUUCUGCGAACAGUGUCUUGUGCGCCACCAUGGAGGGAGGUGAGCAUGCUUUUGGUACUUAA